AGUAUACCAAUUUAAGUAAUCAGUUGAAGUUUAUCAAAGUUUGACACAUUGAAUACCUUAUAAUAUAAAUCAUGGAUCUGGAGAAGAAUCUGCUGAGAGAAAUGGCGGACAGCAUGUUGAACGAUGUAAUCUCCACCAGAGCCUACGAAUGGGUAUUCAAGCGCUAUGAAAGGCUUUUCAAGGAUAAGAUAGUCUUGGACGUGGGUUGUCGCAGUGGAUUACUUAGUUUGAUGAGCGUGGAAGCGGGUGCCGUCAAAGUCAUGGCACUGGGCAAUAGGGAAAGUGCUGAAUUUGUUAGCAAGGCUUUUAUCGGCACUGAGAAGGAGGAUAUCUUCGAGUUUAUCGAGGGCGAUAUCCAUGAGAUAGUUCUGCCCUGCGGUCUGAAGAAGGUGGAUAUAAUAGUGUCCGAGUGGAUAGGUCACUCCGUUUUCGUGGACUCGCUUUUCAAGGAGGUGAUCUUUGCCAGAGAAAAGUGGCUGGUUAAGAGUGGUUUCAUCAUACCCAAUGUGGCUCAACUUUUUGUCUGCGGAAUCGCGGAUCAUCCGCGUAAGACUGUCGAAGGGAAUAUCCUUCCCCAGUCGGAUUAUCCUGGUAGUUUUAUGGUCAGAGAACCCGUUUCUCUGAUGGAGGAUUACGUUGGCAAGGAGCAGAUGAUAACUGAAAAGUUCCUUCUGAAAACCAUCGAUCUCUGCACUGCCCAUAUAAAUGAUGAGAGCUUCAGGGUUCCCUUCAGGCUUCGUGGCUUGAGGGACAGUCAACUUGGAGCCGUGGUGCUCUAUUCAGAUAUUGGACUCUGCCGACCGAAGGGAAAGUUUAGGCUCAUGUUUUCCACAGGUCCCAAGAGACCUCGCACCUAUGUGAGGCAAACCAUAUUGUUUAUGGAUAAUCCCGUCGAGGUGGCCAAACGUGAGCUGGUAACCGGAGACCUUGGGAUGUACUACAAGCCGGAUGAGCAUCGCGAAGUGGAGUUCUCCUUCUCCUUGGGCAGUUCCACAGUCGCAAAUACAUGGUCGGAUGGAUAGGAAGAACACGAUGAUGUUUCGGUACUAUGCGAAUGACUUGGAUUUUAGCGAAAUAAAAGAGGGCUCUUGUUGAUGUAUUCAUGGCAAUCUUUGGACCCUCUGCCGCUGCAAGGGGAGCAGGCUGGGGAUCGUUGGCCGAUCGAAAUUUAUGGCCGUGCUGCAUCAAUUAGGGCGGCUGCUACCCAAAGACAAUGGUUCUGGACAAGGGAUCUGGCUGGGGAUCGGCUCUGUGUCUGCCACCGAUUCUGACUGACUUAUUUUUUGUGUAAGCCCUCCUUUUUGACUGCUUUGGCUUCUUUGGCUGACCUGAUCGGUGUUUAGCUUUGACGUUGCUACAACGAUUUAAAAUGAUGUCGCGCAUAAUU